AUGUGCACAGAGGAUCACACCACCCAGCCUCAAUCACUCAGAGGCAUCACCCCAGCUCAAGGACCUCCAAGAGAAGCUCCCGACCACGACCCAAGCCUGGUAUGCUGCCGGCUGACAGCGGUCUCCACCGCUUUUUGGGUAGUUGCUAGUGACAGGCAACAGCAUGGAGCUGGGGACAACGCCAGCGGAACUGAACUGAUCAGAAGGCCACCCAUGUACAGCCGAAAGUCAGCUGAAGACCCAUCUUCCCUACACAGCUUUCUGUCUUUGGCUGACAGUCACGCUUUACCCAAUGACUUCACUUUACAGCGCAAGACGGGAGCAUAUCUCACAGACAGGGAGCUGGGGCUGCUGCUGGUCCUGAUGGAAGUCGUGCUGUCAGCCGUCAAAGUGGACGCUGGUGGAAAGUCUUACACGGGACCAUGUGGAGGGAGAGACUGCAGUGGAGGAUGUCAGUGUUUCCCUGAAAAAGGAAGCCGUGGCCAGCCAGGACUCCUUGGAUCACAGGGCUUCACUGGACCACCAGGAUUGAUGGGGAUCCCAGGAGUGCAGGGUCCCAAAGGUCACAAAGGUGAAAGAGGAUAUCCAGGAAUAAGUGGACCCAAAGGAGAAACGGGGCAAAGAGGAGUCACUGGAUUCCCUGGGGCAGACGGUAUUCCUGGUCAUCCUGGGCAGCCAGGAUCAAGGGGGAAACCAGGUCAUGAUGGCUGUAAUGGGACAGUAGGUGAUCCUGGUGACUCGGGAAGUCCCGGACUCGCUGGUUUCCCUGGUACAAUUGGAGUCCAAGGGCCAAAGGGACAGAAGGGGGAGCCCUAUAUACUGCCACCGGACAUCGCAAGCCGAUACAGGGGAGAACCUGGGGAUCCAGGGUUCAAUGGUUUUCAAGGGCCUCCAGGUACACUGGGUAUUCAAGGACCUGCUGGUCCAAGAGGAGAGCGAGGAAGACCGGGACCACCAGGGCCCCCAGGACCACCAGGACCACAAGGAAACAGGGGUCUUGGCUUCUAUGGAGAAAAAGGUGAACAGGGCCCCCCAGGUCCUCCAGGUCCACCUGGGCUUCCUACAAGAGAACUGACGGGUGUCCCCUCUGACAAACACAAGGGUGAAAAAGGAGAACCUGGACAAAAAGGAGAAGCUGGAGUUCCAGGUGUACUUGUCUCUGCUCCUGAAAAAGGUGAAGAAGGGGUAGUGGGCUUCCCAGGACAAAGGGGGCUGCCUGGCAUCAAUGGUUUCCCAGGACUCAGUGGAGAAAGAGGUUUUCCAGGAUUUGAUGGUCCACCAGGUGCCUAUGGUCCUAGGGGGAGCAAGGGGGAGCCAGGCGAGAUUGGUCCUCCAGGACCUGUUUCCUAUUUUCCCUCUCGCAUCCCAAGGAAAGGUGCAAGAGGUGAGCCAGGCUUUCCAGGUGUUUCUGGGCUACAGGGAGACCCGGGAGAGGAAGGAGAUCGUGGGCUGCCUGGUCUUCCUGGGUUCUCUGAUGUGGAUGGGGAUAAGCCAGGCUUACCUGGAGAAAUGGGGCCAAAAGGUGAAAAAGGUGAAUUAGGAUCUCCCGCUUAUCAGUCAGGCCCACCGGGGUUCCCGGGUAAGCACGGCACGCCAGGACUCCGUGGUCCACCCGGUCCCGCCGGAUCCCCUGGUCCUCUCUUUGGAUUGAAAGGACAGGAGGGAACGCCAGGUAGAUUUGGCGUGCAAGGUUUCCCUGGGCCAAGAGGACAAAAAGGACCUAAAGGCGAAGAAGGGGAUUGCAGUAAAUGCCUUGUGGGGGAUGAAAUGAGAAGGGGCUCUACUGGCCCCCCUGGCCCUCCUGGCUUUCCAGGAAUCCCUGGUCAGACUGGGAGGAAAGGAGAACCUGGUGAUCAAGGACCACAUGGUAUUCCUGGCUACCCUGGAGCAAAAGGAUUUUCGGGUCCAGAUGGAUUUCCUGGACCAAAAGGAGAAAAGGGAGAUUCUUUCCACAUAACUACUAAAGGCACCAAAGGAAUCCGAGGAGAUCCCGGGCUGCCUGGUAUCAGAGGUGAAGAUGGUUUCCCAGGCAGAGAUGGAUUAGAUGGUUUACCGGGACAGCCUGGUCUUCCAGGUGAUGGUAUCAGAGGUUUUCCUGGCGAUCCUGGUUAUCCAGGUGAAUUAGGCCCAAAGGGCUUUCCAGGAGAAGCAGGCCUGCCGGGUGAAGGAUUUACUGGUCCAAAAGGGUACCGGGGUCCUCCAGGUGACCAUGGACAAGAUGGAAGCCCUGGACCUCCAGGUCUGCCUGGUCUACCAGGAGAGCCUGGCCAGCUAGACUGUGGACAGGUCGUUGAAGACUUUUCUAGAGGAGAUGGAAGUGAGCCAAUAUGGUCAGGUGCGGGCUGUGUGAGGCCACCAAAGGGAUCCCAAGGCAGGCCGGGGCUACCAGGAGCCACAGGUGCAAAAGGUGCAAGAGGAUUCCCAGGUGAUCCAGGUCCAGUGGGAUACCCAGGGCUAAAUGGCACACGAGGUGAUCCAGGUUGGGAAGGAAUCCCAGGUCCUCCAGGUUUUACUGGGCCCAGGGGAGACAGGGGCCCGAAUGGUCUACCUGGACUGCAGGGACACCCAGGCCUGACAGGAAAAUCCGGUGCUCCGGGAGCAGCAGGACUGAAGGGCUUUCCUGGUGAAGUUUUAGGAGCAGCAGCAGGUUCUCGAGGGGAUGUUGGGCUCCCUGGCUUCCCAGGGUUGAAAGGCAUGCCAGGAGAUCAAGGAGUACCUGGAAUUAGAGGAGCGGAUGGUAACCCAGGUUUGCCAGGACCCAAAGGAGAUCCAGGGCCUCAAGGUCUCCCUGGUUUGAUGGGAUUGCCAGGAACACCAGGAACGCGUGGAUUCCCAGGGCCACCAGGAAACCCUGGGCCAGAUGGCGGGCCUGGCUCUCAAGGACCUGUUGGUCCACCUGGUGCUAGGGGAGAAGAUGGUGAACAAGGUUUUCCUGGUCCUGUGGGCCUGAAAGGUCUGUCUGGUGACAAAGGUGAUGCAGGUUACCCGGGAUUACAAGGUAUACCUGGCGUGACUGGUCCCCCUGGCAUAAGCGGAAUGGAUGGCUUUCCAGGAGACAAAGGCUCAAGAGGUUCACCUGGAAUUGAUGGUUUCAAAGGCAUGACAGGCCUAAAAGGAAGACCAGGCAUCAAGGGAAUCAAAGGAGAAUUUGGCUCAUUGGGCGCUCAGGGCGAUAAAGGCUCACAGGGCGCACGUGGCUUUAAAGGUGACCGUGGGGAUCAAGGGCCCCCAGGAGAACCCCCAAAGCUCAAGCCCAGCAUGAUGAUGGAAGUUAAAGGUGAAAAAGGAGAUGCUGGAGAAAGGGGCACGAAGGGGUUCUUUGGCUUAAAAGCAACUGCGUGUCAGCCUUCCCAGCUGCAAUAGCUUAAGUUGUCUUUAUUUUUCUUCUUCCCCGCUUGGGCCGGUGCAAAAGGAGACAUCGGUGCAAAAGGACUGACAGGUCUGAAGGGGUAUCCUGGUCCAGCCGGCUCUCCUGGCAUCAGAGGCUUCCCUGGCAGCACAGGAGGCAGGGGAGAAAAGGGUGUUCCAGGAAUUUCAGGCCAUUUUGGUACUCCUGGCUCGUAUGGUGAAAUAGGUGAGUUUAAUGAUACUGUAGAUAAAAAAAAAAUGCCAGGCCUUAAAGGGGAAGUUGGUGUGCCAGGCUUAACAGGAGCAAGAGGAGGCACAGGACAAAAGGGCGAAGGCGGUGAUCCUGGUUUCCCUGGCAUUGAAGGCCUCAAGGGCACACAGGGUGUCCCUGGCUCUGUGGGACAGGAAGGUUUUCCGGGGCUGGUUGGCCCCCCAGGGCAGCAAGGAAGCCCCGGGACGUCUGGAUUUCAAGGUGAAAAGGGAACUCCCGGCUGGCCUGGCAUACCAGGACAACCAGGCUUGCCUGGCUCAAGAGGAAUCGGUGGACUGCAUGGUUUACCGGGCACUAAGGGUUUACCAGGAUCACCAGGUCCAGAUGGCUACGGCUCUGCAGGGUUCCCAGGUGUGGUAGGCGACAAAGGGGAAGCGGGAGAGCCAAGCAGAGUGGAAGGCAGCCGAGGACCUCCGGGUCAGAAGGGAGACAGGGGUGUUCCAGGAGUUCAAGGACCCUUUGGCAUUCCUAAAAACAUUCCUGGGCAGGAAGGAUUUCCAGGGCCUCCUGGGAUUUCAAAUAUAUCAGGAUAUCCUGGUGAUAAAGGCUCUCCAGGUCUAGACGGAGUGCCAGGCUAUCCAGGACUACAGGGGCAGCCUGGCAUACCAGCUCCGCCAGGAAGCAAAGGAGAAAGUGGACAAACAGGGGUGAGUGGACAAAUUGGCCCAAAAGGAGAUAGAGGUGAUCCUGGACCAGCUGGGAGACCUGGCGUUCCCGGGUACCCUGGACCAAAAGGUCGCAGGGGUGAACAAGGUGUCAUCGGCUUUAUGGGCACCGUAGGAUUUCCAGGUGAUUUGGGACCCAUUGGACCCAAGGGAGAUAGAGGACUAACCGGCUUUCAGGGCCCUCCAGGCUCUCCUGGGCUGCCCCCUCUUCCUCCGAGGCUGGUUGCUGAGCAAGGUUCACCAGGUCCCCGUGGAAAUAUAGGACCGCAAGGAAGCCCAGGAGAUAUGGGAGCUCAGGGUCCACCGGGCGAUCCAGGUUUCAGAGGCUCACCUGGAGAUCCAGGACUUCAGGGCAGGGGUGGCAUUCCAGCUCCUCCUGGCUCCAGAGGUGAACAAGGAGCAACGGGGUUUCAGGGUCCAGUGGGAUUUGAAGGUCAGCCCGGCCGCCCCGGCAGCCCCGGGCUGCCAGGCAUGCCGGGGCGCAGCGUUAGCAUGGGCUACCUGCUGGUGAAGCACAGCCAGUCCGACCAAGAGCCGAUGUGCCCAGUUGGCAUGAACAAACUCUGGAGUGGAUACAGCCUGCUGUACUUUGAAGGACAAGAGAAAGCUCACAACCAGGAUCUAGGGCUGGCCGGUUCAUGUUUGGCUCGUUUUAGUACUAUGCCGUUCCUCUACUGUAACCCUGGGGAUAUUUGUUAUUAUGCAAAUCGAAAUGAUAAAUCCUACUGGCUCUCAACUACAGCACCACUUCCGAUGAUGCCCGUGGCAGAAGAAGACAUUAGGCCGUAUAUCAGUCGCUGCUCAGUUUGUGAGGCCCCAGCUGUGGCAAUUGCUGUCCACAGCCAAGAAGCUUCUAUUCCUCACUGCCCUGAAGGCUGGCGCAGUCUGUGGAUCGGAUACUCCUUCCUUAUGCACACUGCUGCUGGUGAUGAAGGCGGCGGACAGUCGCUGGUUUCUCCUGGGAGCUGCCUGGAAGAUUUCAGAGCGACUCCUUUCAUCGAAUGCAACGGCGCACGCGGAACCUGUCACUACUUUGCGAAUAAAUACAGCUUCUGGCUCACUACGAUCGACCAGCCCUUCCAAAGCAAGCCCUCGGCAGAUACGCUCAAGGCAGGACUCAUCCGAAGCCAUAUCAGCAGGUGUCAAGUCUGUAUGAAAAAUUUAUAGAGGUCUUUCACAGUAUAAGGAACCUGCUUAUCAUGUAGGUCUUAUACAGUGAAGCCUUCCAUGAUAGUUAGACAUUUGAGUAAAUCACGUUGGUGCUUUUUUAA